AUGAAUCCCUCCGGUAUGGGUAUGGGGAUGGGUAGUGGACACCAGCCGAUGGGCUUAGGAGGAAACUCGACAGCCGGCAUGAACGACCAAGAACAGGCAAUGGUUAAAAUGAUGCAAAACGGCAUGGAAUCAUGCCCCGUGAAGACUGUCAUGGCUGGUACAAUGGGUUUCGGUCUUGGUGGUGCAUUCGGUCUUUUCAUGGCCAGUAUGUCCUACGAUUCAGCCUUCACCCCACAAGGUCGCGCAAUCUCCGAUCUCCCCUGGAAAGAGCAAGUCCGCCGCGGCUUCAAGGAUAUGGGUGCCCGCUCCUGGUCCUCCGCUAAGAACUUCGGUAUCGUCGGUGCUCUCUACUCCGGAACAGAAUGUUGUAUCGAGGGUCUCCGCGCAAAGAACGAUCUCACAAACAGUGUCGCGGCUGGCUGUAUGACUGGUGGAAUUCUCGGUGCUAAAGCUGGUCCCCAGGCUGCUGCUUUUGGUUGUGCGGGCUUUGCGGCUUUCAGUGCUGCUAUUGAUGCUUAUAUGCGCAUGCCAGAAUCGGAUGAUUAG